UUUAUACUCGUUCGUUAGAGUCGUGUUGUAGCGGUAUUGUGGUGGGGUAUCAAAACCGGAAUUGUGUGAUUGCUUGUCCAUCUAGUUUCUAUGAACAGCACGCUUUAUAUUGAUGCUAAUCCGGUGAUCGUCUAUUGGACAAAACCGUUUGACAUAACGCAAAACACAAGAGCGGAUAAUGAUUCUAUCAAACUACAUUUAGAACCAGUCAGAAUAUUAAGCCAAACACUUCUGGCGGACUCACUCACUCAAUUGUCAUCGAACCAAAGCCAGCGCUUUCGUGCUAUCGGUGAAUCUCUGACUUGCCGUGAUUGCUAUAGCCGAGACUCCCAAGAAGACUGUGACUCCCAAGCCAAUGAUAAGUCCAUCGCUUGCGCCGGGUCCACGGACGUCUGCAUGUACUCUAAGGAUGAAAACUUGCACGUACGGGGAUGUCUGCCUCUACAGGACUUCGCUAACAAGAAGGAUUUCUGCGAUGAUCACCCCAAUCUCUGCACCAUCCGAGCAUGCGAUCAGAGCAUGUGCUGGGCCUGAGAUGUAGAAUUAUUUUGCUCGUGCUAUUGAAUAAAGGAAGUACGAAAA